UAGGGGGCAUAAACUGCAAUCCCUAAUGAAUCUGCGAUGCUUCGUUGUUUUGCAUUUUGUGCAGGUACGCCGCGCCUCUGCUGGCCAGAACAGCGGUAGCUCAAUGUUUAAUCAGUGGAAGACUGUGGAAUACAGUUUCGUUUUCCUCUCGCGCGUAUCACCUUUUUAUUCAAGAAAAACAUCGAGAUGUUGGAAAACAACAUUAGACGCAACGUGGAGAAGCAAGCGUACUUUUGUUCAAAAUGAUUUGAUAGGUUGAUUUGAUACGUUGAUGGGACGGGACACUAAAGUCGUUUAAAAAAACAAAAAAAACAAACAAACAAAAAAAAAACGAAGGGAGUUUAUUCCGCCGGUUGAUAGAAAGCAGGUUUGGGAAAAAUAGAUCGCCUGUUGGAAGUAUUUCACCAUUUGCCAUGUACGAAAGACUGAAACAAACUGCAAGUGAUGUAUUUAUACAUCGAUUUUAAGAUCCAAUGGACAUAAAGUAAGUAACUAAGAGAAAGAGGAAACCAAGGACACUAUCGAUGUAGGAACAACGUGUGGAUACAUUGCCCUCGUUUUAUUACGAGAUUGAUAGCCGGAUUUUAAUUUAAAAAUAGGGCCUGUUCUGUAUUUUCUAUUCAUUUAGUCGAGUUUUAUAUUUUAUUUGCCCUUUCUAUGUCUGACAAACCGAGGUUGGAAUACUGUUGAGCACUCAUGCUCUCUGGAAGUCGAACAACUUCACAAUUUCUUUAGUAUAGUAGUAGGCUAUUUAUUGGGUUUUGAUCUUAUUUAUUCGUAGGUGUCACGCCUCAGGCUAAUGCUACAUGUGUUGCUACUUUUCAUAAUAAUUUAUACAGCGCAUUGCACAUCGUUAAUUUAAUGUGCAUUAUCUACAAAGUAGCAAGGAACGCAGCAGGGUGAGUCUGGAUUUUGGAAACCCGUGGCUUGUUAUCAAAUGGUGUCUAGUUUGUUAACUGAGCUGUAGUGAUACACAGACUGGAGCACCAUGGACAUUGUUGAUCACAGGAGGACUGACCAGAGGUUUACUGACAAGAAUCAGAGACUGGUGCGGGGAAUUGUAGACCAACAGGGAGUAGAAAUAUUCAGCGUUAUGGAGCAAAGAGCUGCUGAUACCGAAGGAACCAGCCUGGUGGAGGUAGUGCUGACAGGCGGGGCGCCCUGGGGAUUCACUCUCAAAGGGGGUCUGGAGCACAGAGAGCCACUCCUCAUAACUAAGAUCGAGGAAGGCAGUAAGGCUGCAGCAGCAGGGAAGCUCCAGGCCGGGGAUGAGAUUGUCAGCAUCAACGAGUUCCUGACCGGAUACAGGCAAGAGGCCAUCUGUCUGGUGAAGGGCUCCCACAAGUUGUUGACGCUCGUGGUCAAAAGGAAGAUGAAAAUGGUGGAUAUUGUAGCACAGAAAAUGCCAUCAGAAACUGACGUUCAUGUGGCCAGGAGCUUUCUUACGAAGAUUUUGAGGAGUUCCAUGAGAAAGAAUCGCUUCAAAGGGAGAAAUGAACCUGUGAGUCGGCCUCACUCUUGGCACUCCACCAAGUUCACAGAGAGCCAGUCCGAAGCUGCUAAAACAAAGCUGGCCCCUGCUGUCUGGUCCACCAGAUGCGAUGCAAGUUCGUUUUCACAUGACCUGUCUAACUCAUGGGAUCAGACGAACCUGCAACGAGUUUCCGAUCAGUUCAGCUCCCUGGGCAGCAUGGACAGCCUAGACCAUUCCUCCCACAGCUACCAGCAUGGACGACUCUCUCCUGCUAAGUCCAACAACAGUAUCGACAACCUGGGAGGAGGCAGCAACAGCAAGCGGGAUUCGGCUUACAGCUCUUUCUCCACCAGCUCCAGCACCCCAGACUACACUUUGUCCAAGAGCAACGCAGCCUCCACUGAGAACAUGCUGUAUAAAGUGGGCCAGUGUGACUCCGGGAGGUAUGGAAACGGGAGGCACAGCCAGAGCCUGAAUGAGAACAGCAGAUUGGAUGACAGGCAGGGAUAUCUGCAGCUGCCGGCUAGGAAUGGGGGCAGAGAAAGCCCAAGGACAGAAGAGCAGCCUGGAUCACGGCACUCCAGCUCAGGGAGGUCCAGCUUCGGCCCGGUGUGGCACGUCCCUGAAAAGAAGAAGAGAGCCCCCUCCCCGCCACCUCCCCCCCCUCCGGUCCGCAGCGAUAGCUUUGCAGCUACCAAAGUUCAUGAAAAAGGUCUCCUCCCGCCUUACUCGGAGAGACCUGCCACCCAGAACGUUCAAAAACCUCAACCCAGGGUUGCAGACGGGCCACCUAUCGAAGCUGCAGACUAUCAACAGAAGCUCAUCCGUGUCAGUGAAAGAGGACCUGAUGCAAGGAGGAGCUAUAACCCUCCUCCCAAGAAAGAGUCUCCCUCUUCUUACCUAUCGAUGGACAGCUAUAAUAACAACCAGUUAAAUGCUAACCGGUUACAGUCUUUGUCAAGCACAGAUGUACGAAUUGGCCAACCUCCCAAUGCAUAUGUGGCCCAUCACCAGCGGCAGUACAGUGAUGAAAGCACUUUAUAUACCCACACUCGAUCUACUGCAGUACCAAAGCAACAGAGUGUUGGCAGCUAUUAUAGCAGCAUGCAAGAGUUACCGACUGGCAACUUUAAUCAGUACUAUAAUCAGGCCCAAGUCAGGACCUCUAGUGCUUCCUUGGCCAAUCCUCCUACAGAGCAAAAUAUGGAGAGUGCUGGGCAUAGCAGAUAUUACUGCGUUACAGCAAGGCAGCCAGCCCAGUCGGUCUCUCAGGCAUCACUGGUGAAAGUUGAAAACUGGAAAGGUAGCACAGGGACAGAGUCGGCCCAGGGACUAAGUGAAAGGAACUCUGCUGCACCCACAAAGGUCCAAAAACCAAAAUAUCCGCUACCUCACCCUGAAGUACAGGAGAACAAUGGAUAUUAUCGGCUGGAGGACAGCCAUGACAGGUCUCCUGCAUCCAUGGAAGAGAUGCCAUCAGUAAAACCCAUUGUAGAUGAAAGGGGAAGCCAGAAGAGUAACAGUGGAUAUCAUUUAGAAUCGCAUUACAUUGGCUUUACCCAUAACAAACAGGAUAACCUCAAGAACUGUGGUGGUGUUCAGCAGAGAAGUCAGCAAAAAGAGCCCCAGUGGCCAGAAGAUGAAGGCAAGAUUUGUCCACAGAAAACCCCAAUGUUGCACUCCCUAGCUCAAGAGAGCAAACAUUUAGCCUCCAAACAGAUGGAGCCUCCAAACAGCCGCAGGCAGGAUGCUUUAGACCCCCUUGCCACAAAACAGCAGCGACGGAGUGACCGUUAUGCCACCACAUUACGUAAUGAAAUUCAAAUGAGAAGAGCUAAGCUGCAGAAAAGCAAAAGUGACGCCACCCUGACGGGUCCCAACGAGGUUGAAGAGGAAGCUGAAAUCUGGAAGGAGGAGUCAGCUGAGAACUCCACAUCAUCUUCAGAUGGCUCCUUCAACAACACUUACAAGGAUCACCUGAAGGAAGCUCAGGCCAGAGUUCUUGGGGCUACAUCUUUCAGGAGACGGGAUCUUGAGCCUGUAUUGCUUGAGCAUCCAGCAAGCCCAUCUGAUACCUUGCCCAGUUACCCCACAACAACAUCAUCUCAUCCAAAUAAAGAUGCCAACCUCCAACCUGCCUUCCUUGAGGCCCCACAAAGCAAACUGAUCCCUGUAGCUGCUGGUGGUGCUUCCCACACGUCUCGCAUUGGAGGCAGGAAACGCUUCACGGCUGAACAGAAAGUCAGAUCCUACUCUGAGCCAGACAAGAUGAACGAGGUGGGAGUGGGCAAGACCCACCAUCAUUCCAAUAAUCCUGAUAAGGCCACUACUUUUGCAGAUCGACGCAAAUUCUUUGAGUCAACAAGCAAGCCUGCAUUCCUAAAACCAGCAAACAGGCCAAACCAACAGGGCUCCUUCGAAGAACAAAGUGAGGUCAGGUCUUCCAGAAAACUGCAUCCUAAUGAGACUGAGGAGUCUUGGUAUGAGCGCAGAGCCCGUGCCGCCUCCUUUGGCUAUGAAAGCUCUCUGGGAGCUCUUCACGAGGAUAAAGAUAACUAUAGGGAUAUAAGCAAAAAGUACUCGGACAGGUAUAUGAUGCUGGAACAGCAGCGGUUAGGUACUUUUGCAGAGUAUGAGGCUACCUGGAAUGAGCAAAGGAAGCCAUCAGAAGCAAAGAACUCUGGAAUGUACCACUCUGCUGACAACAUCCUGGAUUCAGGGGUCGAAGAGCAUAGUAAACCUCAGUACGUGCAUGAAAGAUCCAGGUCAUCUCCGUCUGCAGAUUUCUAUGGAAAGAACAUUGUUGUGCAAGCAAAGAAGAAAGCUGAAAAUUCUCAAACAGACCAAAAACUUCCUGGGGCUAAAAGCACAGAUUGCAACAUUUCUGUAGCAAGCCUCUCUCCUGGUUGUACUGUUUCUCUUCAGCCUCCUUACAGCACAAAGCAGACUUGUUGGCUUUCUGUGCCUGACAGACUUUCUGACGGAAGACAUAAGGAAUGUAAAUCGGAUGAAAAGCUACCUGUGAAUGACCAAAGCACAGAGGACAAGCGCAGAUCAACCAGCAGGCAGACUCAGCCAGAACAGCUGCUGCGCACAUCUGCAGAAAACCGAGAGAGAGCUGUUACGCUGCCCAGUGACUACGGCUACAUAAUUCAAGAAGGGGAAACUGAAUUCAAGAACAGAGAUUUUAACAAGGAUGUUCCCACUUACUUAGAGAGCCAUACCCUGAAUAAUAAUCGCAUCAGAUCUCAAAGCACAGGACUAGAUAAUCCGUCUAGCAAUAUAACUGCAGCGCCCUACAAUAAGAAGAAGGGGCCUGUGCCUCAGAGGCCUCCUCCGCCUAAGCUGGAUAAAUACAAACGUCAAGACAUCCCAUCCUCCUUGAUAGACUCUUCGGAAUCGCUGCUCAGUUCACAAAGGGCUGUUGGGCUUUGCUCCCCCAGCAUAGAGGGGCCGCUGAGCACCAUACCUGCCCCAGCCUUGGACACUGCUUCCACUGCAGCAGAGCCUGCCCGGGCUGCCAGUCAGUCAGGGGAGAACCAGCACGGAAAGGUGCUGGAGAAUGAGCACAGAACUAUAGAAAAACCUGACGUUGCACAACACACCACCACCUCCUCCAAGUAUCCCUGUCUUCUUAAGCCUUCUAUGGAUGUUCCUAGAUCACCUUCUCCACAGUUCGCCCCACAGAGACUUACUGAUAAACCACCUGUCUCCAUAAAAAAUGAAACUCCAUCAAGAAUCGAAAAACUGAUGGAGAACAAUACCACUGUCAAGAUGGUGCCUAUCAAGAUUCUUCAUUCUGAAAGCCAUUCCGAGAAGGAGAGCCGACAGUACCUCCUCCACAACAUCGAACCCAUCAGUGUGCCCGACCAGCAGGAGAAAGACCAGAUAAAGACUCUGGGCACUAAAGAGCAGUCCUACUCCCUUUUCUGUGCUUACACAAGACAGAAAGAGGAGCAGAUGAAGGAGGAACAAGACAGGACAUGCGACGCGACACAAAAUGAGCUUCUUUGGGAAGAGGUAAAGGAUAGUGUUUCACUUUCUCCAGCGAACAAUGCAGGGAAGGCUAAUGACAGGGCAGUAGAUGACUUGAAGACUGAGGAACUGGCCAGAGAGAUUGUGGGAAAGGACAGAUCACUGGCCGACAUCUUAGAUCCCAAUAUUAAAAUGAAGACCACCAUGGACCUCAUGGAAGGCAUUUUCCCCAAAGAUGAGCAGCUGUUGGAGGAAGCCCAACAACGCAGGAAGAUUCUCCCAAAACAGAAUUCUCCGAAACCUGCAGAAGAAAAGAAAAACGAAGAGAGCACAGCCUCCCUGGCUACCAGCUCCUCCUACUACAACACAUCAGCCCCGAAGGCAGAGCUGCUGAUCAAGAUGAAGGAUAUGCAGGAACAGAUUGUAGAGGAAGAGGAAGACUCUGAAGAUGAGCUGGACCACGACCUCUCAGAGAAGAAGCAAGAGCUGAUUGACAGCAUAAGCAGGAAGCUGCAGGUGCUGCGUGAAGCCCGGGAGAGCUUGCAGGAAGACAUCCAGGCCAACAUAGCCCUGGGAGAAGAGGUGGAGGAAAUUGUGAAGCAAGUGUGCAAGCCCAAUGAAUUUGACAAGUUCAGGAUGUUUAUUGGAGACCUGGACAAGGUGGUCAGCCUGCUGCUGUCCCUAUCCGGGCGCCUGGCUCGAGUGGAGAACGCUUUAAACAGCCUGGACGAGACUGCCUCCACAGAGGAAAAGCGCACACUGACAGACAAAAGGAAGCUACUCAUCAGGCAGCACGAGGACGCGAAGGAGCUCAAAGAAAACUUGGACAGAAGGGAGCGAGUGGUCUUUGACAUCCUGGCCAGCUACCUGAACGAGGAAAACCUGGCCGACUAUGAGCACUUUGUCAAAAUGAAGUCAGCCCUCAUCAUCGAGCAGCGCAAACUGGAGGAUAAAAUCAAACUGGGUGAAGAGCAGCUGAAGGGUCUGACGGACAGUCUUCCCCUGGAGAGCCGACAGCUGGAACACCGGAUCACCUUUUGAGAAUGAGAUUGAGAUUAUCUUCCCCAACAGAGUGACUGUGGUGUGAAAUGUUUUUAAUCCACUAGGGGGACACAAGCAACAGAAUUAAAAAAGGAUGGAAGAUAAACACAACACACACCUUUAAUUUGCAGUGUAUUGUUUCUAAGAUUUCUUUAUUGUUGUAUUGCUUGAAACCAUUACUUUUUUCCACAAAACAAACUCUUUGUUUUCUGUACUCUCGUAAAAAUUGUCUGUUUUUAAAAGUUAGUGUGAAUAUAAGAACAAAGAAGUACCUGAUACAUAUGAGAAAAAUUUGCUUUUGUUUUUUUUUGGUUUGUAUGUUGCAAACUCCUACUUUUAGAAUUUGAAGUGAUUAGUGGAACUUGAGGAAAGAGCAGUACUACUCUCGAGUCAGAGUAAUAUAAAUAUCAGAAGACCCUGAAGCAUCUAACAGUAAUUGAAAUGUUACAUAUUGUGUAAAAUUCAUUAUUCUGCUUAGGCGUGAUAUUUAAAUGAGUAUCUCUCCUGUAACAUACAUACAUAUCAUAUCACUAGGACCACAUGUUGCUGUUGGUGUAGAGAAAAUCACAAGACUACUUAGUAUCACUGUUUAGGAAAAUAGCACAUUUAUUGUAUCAAUCUAACAUCUAACACAAAACAUGGUGCUGAUUCGGACAGUGUCACACAACCUUGCAUUCCUGUCCUUUUAGUCCUGUUUCGUCGAUGUUGCUUACUGCCAGGGAAAACGUCUGGCUUUCUAAGACUUAAAAUGCUUUUACUAUUGAAGCUUUUGCUAACAGUAGAUAUAGUAUAAAGGGAUUGUGUAGAGAUCAGCUGGGCUUGUCUUACAGGUGUGUGUGUGGGGGGGUUGUCUUUCAAGACUUCUUAAUACUGAGGCUGCACUUUAGUGAGAGCUCCCUUAAAGCAAAAGGAUUACGGAAAUGUGAGAGUUUCAAUGCUUGAUACAAACUAUAUAUGCUGCAGCUUGAUGUCCUGCAUCGUUUUAAGGUAAUCCAUUCAGUAGAAUGGAUGGUAAGGUUUAAACCAUCCCAAGUCUCCAGAAUCUACAUCGCUUUCAUUACUUCAACAAGGUCCUUAUUCUCAGUACUGUAGGGACAAAUUAUUUUCCACAACACAAGAAAACCCAGUCAGCUGUGCAAUAGAAACAAGUGGACUAUCCAGUUGUGGGAUCAGGCUUAAGGUGGAGUCUGGAUAUAAAUUAAAACUCUACUUUGACAUUUUCUAUACUCAACAUUACAACCAAUGGGAAUGAUGAUUUUAAUAAUUAGGUUUAUGACAAAUACAGUGUACUUGGCAGGUAAACACCAGAGAGGUGGUUUAUGCCGUCCAGGUGUUCACUAAAGGGAUAACCAUCAUCAGUGCUUUGGUACCUAAUGAUACUUGUAUGGUACAACUUGUAACCCAUGAUCAUCCCAUAGGGGCUGGUGUAAUAUAUCUGAUGUUUUUAGUCGUCAUGUUUUUUUUUUUUUAUGGCUUCUUUAAUGAAGAGUUUAUAUGAAAUGUGAAUAAUUAUUUAACUUCAAAAUAAAUGUGUAUAUAGCAAGAUUUGGUCCGUACUGUAGCUCUAGAGAUCUGGUAGAGUACCCAGCCCGAUGGAGUAAUGUUUGUAUGCCUAAUAAGGAAAAGACCCCACAAAUGAGUGAAAGUUGGUUCCACAGGCUCCAGUUAGCACUAAUCUUAGACUACCAGAUGUCACCGUAGCUAAACAGGGUCUGUGUAACUAUCUGAAAUAUUCCAAACACUGCUGCACCUUUUUCUGGUGCACUCUCAAUUCUUCAUAUUGAUUCACUAUGGAUUUCAUGGGGCCAUUCAUUUUUAUUGGGCUAUAAAGAGGUCAGUCUUAAGUGGUGCUGCAUGACGUGUACUGCAUAGUGUAUACUGCCUUUUACAUAAUAAACAAAACAAAAAAAAAUUAUACCACGGUCAAGCCACCAAAUCCACAAUGUUAACAAAUGCACAUUAAGUGAAUUGAUUUUCAUUUCGAAUAGCACACAAUAUCCCUGUGACUGACAAGCUUGUAGCCUUAUAUAUAUAUAUAUAUAUAUAUAU